AUGCGGCUCUGCCGGGAUCUCGCAGAGAAGAUGAACUUACUUCGCGUAAAAAACUAUACCUUUCAGAUGGAAACAGAAGACGAGACUUUUGUCCAAGGAAUUCGCUGGACCCCCAUCUCGGACACGCCCAUGGAGAACCCAGGGGAGCCACUGAGGAGGGGUCCGUGUGAGAGGGCUGUCUGGGCCGCUCGGGUCCUGCAGAACGCUCUGCUCCACACAGCUCCGGGCCUGGUUAGGGACCGGAAACACUACCUGAAGACCCUGCGGCAAAGCUGCACCGGGAAGGAGCUGGUGGACGAGGUGAUGAAGCUGAACCCGAUCCUGCAGAGCAGGCCUCAGGCUGUCGGCGUUCUGCAGCUGCUGGUCGAAGAAGGAGUCCUGAUUAACGUGAGGCAGGAGUUGAGUUUCGUGGACAAGGAGAAUCAGUUCUUCAGAUUCUCCAAGUGCCAACACAGGGAAGAGACGAGCCGCAGAGAGCGGGACACAGAGGAUGAACUAAAUGAAGCAAUGAAUCUCCUCACGCUCCUCGGGCCAGAUGCACUGCUAACAGCGAGUCUACGCAAGAU